UUCGGCGCCGGUGCCGGCGACUCGGACUGCGCAUGACGUCGACGAAUAUUUUAACCUCGCUGAUAAAAUAAGAUCGAAACCAUCUUGGCCAUAUUUACAUUGUACAUCUUACUACAGUGGUAGAUACACCGCACAGCCUUUGAAUCGACGGCGCACCAGAAGAUAUAUAGCCGUUGCCAAAGCUCACAAGACCAGUCGAACAGUACACUCUCCACUGAUACCACCACUACUCAGUUUUCCGCCAUCACCCGCCGUCGAGAUGCCUCGGACCGCAGCGCCUACACGACAAGCCCUCCGCCACCUCCGGCACCUUUGCACCGGCGCCGAAGGAGUAAGAGGAGUCACUGCGACACGGGCCCCAAGAGAUCUGCGGAGUCUACACACGCACGAGGGCACGGGAAUCAGGACACGAAGCAAAAAUGCUAGUGACCAACACAUUGCCUUGGUCCCAGCCACUAUCCCUUCGAGGACGACAAGUCUAGCAACUACUCCAAGUUUGGCCGGCCACCGAACGAGACGAUCUUUCAGCACAACAACACCAGCAGCAGCAGGAUCAGCACGAUCCUCAGCUCGAGAAACACAAGGACAUACCACCAGAGACCAAACCACCUCCACUGCCAACGCCACAAAGCCAUCAUCAUCACAACUUGGACCAGAUCAAGAUCACGCGACAUCUAGUACAGCCUCUGACAGUUCUACGACACCGUCAAACCAGCCAGACAUAACAAACUACUACACUCUAUUCCCGACGACUCUGUCCGCGGGCCCGCCUCCCAAUGGCCCUUUCCACAUCCCGCUGUCGAAAUUGAAACGCGAGUUCUUGCAGCUCCAGGCCCAUCACCAUCCGGACAAGUAUCAUCACUCCGACGCCGCACACCGCACCGCACGAGGCAUGUCCUCGCUGCUCAACACUGCGUACAAGACCUUGUCCGACCCCUUACUGCGCGCAAGAUACCUGCUGCAUCACAACUAUGGGGUCGACAUCACUUCGGAAGAUAACAAUACGCAUCGCGACCUCACGGACCAGGAGACCUUGAUGGAGGUUUUGGAGGCGCAGGAACAGAUCGAGGAGGCCACCACCCAAGAACAGAUCGACUCGUUGAAGGAGGAGAAUAAAGCUCGCAUCAAGGAGGCUGAGAGGUUACUUGGAGAGGCUUUUGCAAAAGAGGACAUUGAGCUGGCCAAGAGGGAGUGUAUCCGGCUGAACUACUGGCGGAGUCUGCAGCAGGGCUUACAUGACUGGGAGCCGGGCAAGGAAGUCAGAUUGAUUCACUGAGCGUGGCAACAGACUUUCUCGACAAGUAGAGCACCCAUUUACCAAGUUGCUAUUCUCGUGAUACCCGCUAUAGCAUAACGUGCUGCCGCCAACGAAGGAGAAAUACAUUUGUAGUUGACCAAGCACUGCCCACCUUUGACCAUGUUCAGCCGACUGAUUCUCUCCUCUUUU